ACACAAGAAAAACUGACCGAUCAAAUGUCUACCUCCUACAAGAACACAGUGGUACCCGACCAAGACGCAGUCAAGUCCCUACGCGAGCUGACAGCAUCAGUCCAGGAUCUCUGUAGUAUCAUCCACUCAGAACAUAGCAGCUCUCGUCCCGAUAAAUCUCGAGAAGAACUAAAGGCUAAAGAUGCGAUCUCAAACACAGUCUACGAGCAAAUCAACAAGGGUCGGCCGGAAAAGAUCCUGGACUGGAAAAAAGUUGAGCUGAUGCCUGUCGGCGAAAUUGAGGUGGAGAACAAGCAAUUUAAGCAGAAGUACGAAGACUUUUGGAAAGAUAUUGAUGAAUCCACCCAGUUGGAAAAGGAGGCUGCUGUUCAGGCCUACACGUCGGCUUUUAGCCGAUUUCAAGAGAUAUACCGUCUCAUCGGAUGGCGUGACAGAGACGACGAGGAUGCGAUGUUUGACAAGAUUGUCCUCACAGAAUCCCGCGAUCUUCUCAUCGAGUCCAUCUUUGGCUUCGAGGUAUAUCAAAUGUCCCAACGUGGCGAAUUUUGCGAACGAUCUCGCAUGCUGUUUGAGCAUUCUCGUCUUCCACGACUACUCAUCAUCCUCGUCCGGAUUGCAUGCAGGCAGAUACAUAUCAUCACUGCCUGUGGAGCAGACAAAGUAAUGAAAGAAAGACCAUUUAAUGCUCUUACAGUUGUGCGUGUGUUGGCUCUUACAGCACGUAUACUGAAGGGUAGUCAAGUCGCCUCAUCAUUGUCACUGGAAACGCUUCUUCAUCUAUGUUACGCACGUCGAAUCCUAAAUCAGCCAGAUGCCAAUGAUGUAGACACUUGUGGUAAACAGUUUGACUUGUUGUAUGAUUGCUUAACGGCUCUAGAUUUCACGAGGAAGUUUCGAGAAAUCAGAGAACCUCUAUGCGAACUUUUCUACUUACGGUACAAAUCCGAGUCGAUCCGCGAGUUAUUUGACCGUGUGAGGACUUCUGAAGAGGCCACUAUCGGAAUCGAAUGGUAUCCAGAGCUACCACUAGAAGAGAAUACUGACUCAAUGUUUCAUCCCGAGAUAUUCACAAUUCCCUAUCUACAGAGAUUUGGACGACUAAAUAUAGAAUGGACUGAUUGUUUGGACGAGCAUCUAAAGAUUUAUGCAAAUAGGAACUCUAUCAGAGUCUUUGCUCAUCCCACCUUUUUCUAUAACGGUAUUGAUUUACAUAAAGCUAAGCGCGACUAUCAUGAAUCAACAUUCCGAGAGCUGUCUCGGACUUACGGUCUACUGUUUCGACCAACAUCAUCCAGAAACCUCCAGCGUCUAAGACAAUAUGUCACCGCUGGAGAGGAUGACCAAAUACUUUGGUACAACAGUAUGACAUUCAACGGUCGUCCUAUCCAUCGGUUAAAGCCUUAUUUGGAAAAAGAGGUUGCUACUAACCUACAGAAAAUAAUGGACAUCGAUCCCGUUCGAUAUCCAACCAAAGACAUUCUGUCGGAGAGCUUUUACCGCUGUUCGCUCCCACCGACUACACAAGUAGCGCUCGAUAUCGCCAGUCCAUUUGGGGUAGUCAAAAGAAUCACCAAGCGAUUGGACCAACAUACAGUACAUCAACCUCAAUGCAACAAAUCUUAGAUCUCGCACCGAAUUAUCCAGAGGAUCUCAGAUUCAUGAUUAUUU